CUAACUGAAUGGCUUACUGCAGAAACGAAGAAUUCACGUUUUAAUGGCGGAAAUGCAGAUUAAUGUAAAAUGACACGCAAACCAUGUUUCGUUUUUAAUUGUAAAUCUUCUUAUAACAAAGAAAAUGAAAGUCUUGCGUUUUUCCAUCCACCGAAGUUGUGUCUAAAUUCCUGGCAGGAAAUUAUUAAAAAGCCAGGACUCACUUGCCAGUCCAGAAUUUGCAGUAUUCAUUUUGAAGAGAACGACAUACUCAAAGGGAGAGAAAUUCAAGGCGUGUUUUACAGUUAUCCGAAAUGGAAAUUAAAAUCAGGUGCUCGGCCCAGUAAAUUGCUAGGAAAUGAUGUCAGCGUACUCGAAAGACCUGCUGCAAAGAAGUAUGUUCACAGUGAUAGGUUUAAGUCACCAUAUCGAAAUAUAACAGCAAAGUCUAAAGCUGCUAAUCCUAAGCUGCAGUUGGACAAUCAAUCAUUUUUGUCGAAUAACAACACCAAUGUAUUGAUCCCAUCACAUGCAAAGAAGUCAACGUCAAAUAGCAUAGCUAUACACCAACUUGACGCUGAAAAAGGAAAAGUAAAUGAUAUGGAAGCAGCUGAACCUGUGGCAUUACCAUGUGUAACAACAGAAGACAUGUUCCAGGAACCUACUACUGAAACACUCCUACACAUUCCACCUGAAAAAGAAAUGGCAUCUGAAUCUGAAUCUCAAUUGAGAGUAGAAUUUGAACCAAAUGAUAUGGAAGUGGAUGAACUGAUUGGAGCACCGGGUGAAAUGACAGAAGAAAUGUUACAAGAAAAUUCAGAACAAACAGCACGGGAGACAGAAAUGGAAGGAUACCUUGACCCAGCUACAUACACUGAUGUUAUUGCGAGAGUCAAACUACCUUCCUCUUCGUGGAUGUGGCAAGAAGAUAAGGUUAACAAAACCCUCGUGUGUUUCAGUCAUUCAUUUUCUCCAGAUCGCAAAAUUGUAAUAAAAACAAUCUCAGUUGUCUCCAUGAAUAAGGUGGAAUUGUUCCUCAAUGGAAAACAAAUAUUUCCCCGUAAUGUUAAGACUAAUUUCAAUGUAACUUCACUUCAUAUGCGAAAUGUUGGAUUAACCGCUUCAAGGAGUGCGAGAGGAAGGCUGCCGCAAUGAAAGCUUCCUUACGCGAUAAUUUGUUUGACGAAAUUUCAAUUCGCUAUGUGAAUGUUAUUCAAAAUGAUGAGAAAGAUGUUACUAGAAACAAUUUAAUUUACGAUCUCUGCGGCUACAUGUUUCAGACGAGGGGACAGUUAAUAUCUUGCCAAGAGUGUAAAGAAACAGUUGUUUGUGAGGAGGCUGAUUUGCCAGACGAUUUCACUGCAAAGCAGUACACAGCUUUUCGCAAUAGAGGAGGACUAAUUUUUGUUACAAUCCCAGUCUUUCAAUCAAUACGGGAAGUGGAAAAGAUUAUUUCGUCUCAAUUUGAAGAUGACGGUCAUUAUUUAGUGAGAGAUAGUUACGAAAUUUGUAUGUCAAAAAUCAAAGUACUCAAUCUUUGUCCUUUUUUUGUGACACACACCGUGCUGACUCGUAUCCUUAUUUAAUAAUGGAAUUCGUACAAGUUAGAUAUCAUUUUGAAUCAAAGCGUUUUCAAGAACGUAAUUUGGCAGAAGUUGAUAGUAACGUGCGACAAAAUUUCAAGAUGGCAAAACUUGCUUAAUUUUUUUUUUCUAAAUGUAAAUUGUAUGUAUGUUAAUACACAUUACAAGUUAUAAAUUGAA